AUAGAGCCUUGGGCGGGGGACGGACAGGGGUGGUGGGUUCGGACGUUCUUCCGAUCUUCGCUACCUGCCUAUCUCGAGUCGGCCGGUCGCUUUCACGUCCUCACGUUAAUUCGCAGCCUGGAAAAUGGCGCUCUUAUCCCUACGUUUCGCCUCGUCCCUGGUCAGGCACCUGCCGAAUACCACGGCCCAGAUCAAUUGGCCUGCUACUGCCAUAGCCUCCCGUAAAUAUCAUGUCUCCUGUAGCCGCCGCUCGGCAGAGGUUUCUGCUAUCUUGGAAGAACGUAUCCUUGGGGCGGCACCAAAGGCUAAUCUCGAAGAGACUGGCAGAGUGCUCAGCAUUGGAGAUGGUAUCGCGCGUGUGUACGGCUUGAAGAACAUUCAGGCCGACGAGAUGGUAGAAUUCAGUUCGGGCUUGAAGGGUAUGGCGUUGAACUUGGAACCUGACAACGUGGGUGUUGUCGUAUUUGGUAAUGACAGACACAUUAAGGAGGGCGACAUUGUCAAACGUACUGGCGCCAUCGUCGACGUUCCUGUUGGCGAACAAUUGUUGGGUCGCGUCGUCGACGCUCUGGGUAAUCCCAUCGAUGGUAAAGGGCCUCUCAACAACAAAUUAAGAUUCCGAAUUGGAACGAAAGCUCCAGGCAUUAUCCCGAGAGUGUCGGUGAGAGAACCUAUGCAGACUGGAAUCAAAGCUGUGGAUUCCUUGGUGCCUAUUGGUCGUGGUCAACGUGAAUUGAUCAUUGGAGACAGGCAAACUGGAAAAACCGCUCUUGCCAUUGAUACUAUUAUCAAUCAGAAGCGUUUCAACGACGGCGGAGAGGAGAAAAAGAAAUUGUAUUGCAUUUACGUCGCUAUUGGCCAAAAGAGAUCUACCGUUGCGCAGAUUGUAAAGCGCUUAACGGACAGCGGUGCUAUCGGCUACACUAUCAUUGUAUCUGCCACUGCCUCCGAUGCAGCCCCGCUUCAGUACUUGUCCCCAUACUCGGGAUGUGCCAUGGGAGAAUUCUUCAGAGAUAAUGGGAAACAUGCUUUAAUCAUCUACGACGAUUUGUCCAAGCAAGCUGUUGCCUAUCGGCAAAUGUCUUUGCUGCUUAGAAGACCGCCGGGUCGUGAGGCCUACCCUGGAGAUGUAUUCUAUCUUCAUUCUCGUUUGCUUGAAAGAGCUGCCAAAAUGAACGAAAAUUUAGGUGGUGGCUCGUUGACCGCUUUGCCUGUUAUCGAAACGCAAGCUGGUGACGUGUCUGCUUAUAUCCCUACCAAUGUUAUUUCUAUUACCGACGGUCAAAUCUUUUUGGAAACCGAAUUGUUCUACAAGGGUAUCCGACCUGCUAUCAACGUCGGUUUGUCUGUAUCGCGUGUCGGCUCUGCCGCUCAAACCAAGGCCAUGAAGCAGGUUGCCGGUUCUAUGAAGUUGGAAUUGGCUCAAUAUCGUGAAGUAGCGGCCUUCGCUCAGUUCGGUUCGGAUUUAGAUGCCGCUACCCAGCAAUUGUUGAAUCGUGGCGUGAGGUUGACGGAACUUCUCAAACAGGGACAAUACGUACCUAUGGCUAUUGAGGAACAGGUAGCAGUCAUAUAUUGCGGUGUACGUGGUUAUCUUGACAAAAUGGAUCCGACAAAGAUCACUAGCUUUGAAACAGAAUUCCUCGCACACAUCAGGUCAACUCAACAAGAUCUUCUUGCUACGAUCGCGAAAGAAAAUUCAAUUAGCGAAGCAUCAGAUGCAAAACUGAAGAAAAUAGUUACAGAUUUCCUCUCAUCCUUCUCAGCGUAGAGCGCGAUCAUCGAGUGUUAUUUUAAUGCGAGUCAACAUAGAUGAUUGAAGAACGUGAAGCGUUCUUGAAGAUUUCUCUGCUGCUGAUGUGCGUUAAUGUACCGAUAUUACUCAUUGCUAUACAAAUGUUAUUAUUAUUAUGUAAUUAUGUAUAAUAUCUGUACAUUAAAAAUAUUACAGCAAUUCCAUGUACGACUUGUAAACUCGAUAGCCGUCUACAAUAUAUUGAUACCAAAAAAAUCAGUCUGAUAAAAA